GAUAAGCUAUCGAUUGCAGUGCAGGUUUAUCUCGAUGUACUUCAUUCAAAGUUCCUUCCAUUAAUCAGUAGCGCGAUUUCUAAAGAUUGUUGAGCAAGGUCAUACUUAACCUUUUAAGUAUAUUCUGAAAUGUCAAACUUAAAAAUUGUGUUUGUAGUAACGCAAUAAAUGCACCCACAAAAAGUAGACAUCCGAGCCAUAAUAAGGCUGUGUAGGGUUAGAAGCAGUUAGCAUUUGGAGAAAGGUCAAUUGACAAAGAAUAAGCACACGAUUAAGCAUUCAUCCUAAAGAUGACGAUUAUGGAUUUUUUUGGUUGUGCUUUCUUGGCUUUUGGACCUCCAUUAGCCAUGUUCACAUUUACUAUAGCUAAUGAUCCAAUAAAAAUUAUCAUAUUAAUUGCCAGUGCCUUUUUCUGGCUUAUUUCAUUACUUUUAUCAUCUGUGCUUUGGUAUGCUGUUGUUCCACUUCAAAAUCAUCUUGCAUUUGGAUUAGUAUUUUCUGUAUUAUUCCAAGAAACUUUCAGGUACCUUUUAUACUGGGUAUUACGUAAAGCUGAAAGAGGUUUAGAAAAAGUAACCACAACACACGUAGCUGAUAGCAGACAUAUAUUUGCAUAUGUUUGUGGCCUAGGCUUCGGUUUUAUGAGUGGAGCUUUUGCUCUAGUCAAUGUAUUAGCAGAUGCAGUUGGUCCUGGAACCAUGGGUAUCAGACAUGGUACAGAAUACUUCUUCAUCGUAUCAGCAUCCACCACUUUGUGCUUCAUUUUACUUCAUACGUUCUGGGGUGUUAUUUUCUUUGCUGCUAUUGAUAGGCAAAAAUGGGGACAAAUCGUAUGGGUCGUAGGAUCACAUUUAUUUGUCUCCUGCAUGACCCUAUUAAAUGUACAACAAUUUUAUGCAAUCAGUCUUUCAUUUGCUUAUAUUGUAUUAGUUAUUAAUGCGGCUUUUGCCUUUAAGGUCGCAGGUGGAAAGAUGCGGAAUAUAGCUCAGUGUUUUAUAAAAAAUUAAGAGCUUAUGUAACGAGCACUUGGCUAAUAAGAUAUAGAUGUAAAGAACAAAUAUUUCAUUUUUUAUAAGAAUAAAAGUCUGGAUAUGAUA